GUAGGUGGCACUGUUUGAGCAAUUUCCAGUGACUGCUGAAAGGGUCGUGUUCGGGCUUCCUUAUUUGACACGUUUUCCUUGGUAAUUCUGUGUGAUCUAAGUGUGAUCUUCAAGUUGUGACAGGAAGCUGUGAGGAGGCUCUGUCAGAAUCACACAAUCAACUUCUAAGAGCUUGCACUGUACAGCAUGGCGACUAAACCAGGAUCUAGUCUAGUUAGAGUCACGCCUGUCACACUGCACUACAAGUCAAAUAACGCGAGCUUUUUUUUUUUUUUUUUUACAAGUCAAUACAUACACACACACACACACACACACCUUAUGCAACCUCUGUGGGACUUGCCUGUUACCAUAAUAAAACCUUGUUCCAUCAGUGGAGUCGUGGGUGUGGAGACGUAGUAGUCUUAAUAAUCCCCCGCGUCCAGUUGGUGGAAAUCCCCACGUGGUUUCGACUCCUAUAUAAAAACUUUGGGUGUGUGGAGCCCCUGUUGUCCUGAUUGAAAAGAGAGAAAGGGGUCUCACUGAGCAGCAUCUUGCAAGGACGCACGGGAGCUCGUCAUCUGCACCGGACACGGCACCCAGGCGCAUACACAAAAGACACGGGACUUACCGAGCGCUGUUGUUGUCCCUGGGGCUGCAGAGGUUCUCUCUUUUUUUGGGAGUUUCUGCAUGUUCGCUCGGGAGAAAGCGGACUGAACUCCUUUGGGGAACGCCGAGGGGGUUUCUUGUUUAGUUUUAGUGUUGAGGCGCCGUGCUCGUCCUCUUUUGUUUUGGUAGAUUACGCGUCUGACCCGUUCGUUGUGUGACAGAAGCGCGUCAACGAUCAAAACUCUCGAGUUCCUAGAAAUCAGAGAGAGCUUAUAUUUUGUGCAGAGAAAAAAAUUGCCGGACAACAAACGGAAUGCAAAAAUGACUAGAUUAAACUAGUGUCGUAGCACAGUCGCACUCUUAUGUUUGAGGAAUACAACUGUUUCAGUGUCAUCUGAGGAUUGCUUGAGGUGUCUUACUUUUGGGAACACCUCUGGAUGUUCUCCCGGAACGUGCAAAUUCGUAGGCUAAAUUAAAAGUUACAUUUCAAGCGGCGUGCUUAUUUAAUAGUUCAUUUCUUCUGGACUGCAACUUAACGUUUAUAAAAAUGAGUUUGUACACUCUGGCAUUGUCCUGUUUAGUUGCGUGCGUUCUCUCCGUGCGCUCCAGCUCACCGACCGGGAAAGAGACGCAGAGCGCGUCCCAGGAGUCGUGCGCAUCCUGCGGACUCAGGGCGCCGGAUCAGUCGGAGCGGCUGAACAUAGACUUCUUGGAGGCGGUGAAGAGGCACAUACUGAACAGGCUGCAGAUGAGAGACAGACCCAACAUCACCCAUCCCAUCCCGAAGGCUGCGAUGGUCACAGCGCUGCGGAGGCUGCACGCCGGCAAAGUGCGAGAGGACGGCCGGGUAGAGAUCCCCAGCUUUGACGGGCAGGCUGCUUUCAACAACGAGGUUCAAGCGGAGACCUCUGAGAUCAUCAGCUUCGCGGAAUCAGAUACGCAGACACCCUCCAAAUCCAGUAUGUACUUCCUUGUCUCUAACGAGGGGAACCAGAACCUGUAUGUGUCCCAGGCCAACCUGUGGCUGUAUCUCCGCGUGCUGCCUGCCGGUCCUGAGAAGGGCGUCCGGAGGAAGGUGACUGUCAAGAUACAUUACCUGGAAAAUGGGGCUUCAAGCGGUGCGGAAGGGAGCCCAGGCGGCGGCGGUGGGGGAGGAACGGGCCGCUGGUCCUUCGUGGAGAAGCGGGUGGAUCUGAAACGCAGUGGCUGGCAUACUUUCCCCCUUUCUGAGGCGGUGCGGGCGGUGUUCGGAAAAGGUGGCCGGAGGCAGGACUUGGAGAUCCACUGUGAGGGCUGUGAGACAGCCGGCGUGGCUCCGGUGCUGGUGGACCCAGGCGAUCCAUCCCACCGGCCGUUCUUAGUGGUCCGCGCGCGGCAGGUGGAUGGGAAGCACCGCAUCCGAAAGCGGGGGCUGGAGUGCGACGGCACCAGCGGGGGCUUAUGCUGCCGGCAGCAGUUUUACAUAGACUUCCGUCUUAUUGGCUGGAACGACUGGAUCAUUGCACCAGCUGGUUAUUAUGGUAACUACUGUGAGGGCAGCUGCCCGGCCUACAUGGCCGGUGUGCCAAUCUCGGCCUCAUCCUUCCACACCGCAGUAGUCAACCAGUACCGCAUGAGAGGGAUGAGCCCAGGCUCGGUCAACUCCUGCUGCAUCCCCACCAAGCUCAGUACUAUGUCCAUGCUCUACUUUGAUGAUGAGUACAACAUCGUCAAAAGGGAUGUGCCCAACAUGAUCGUGGAGGAGUGUGGCUGCGCUUGAGUCUACACUGACCAUUCACUAUCUGAACUUGGAACAGUCAGAAAGGCCUUUUUGUACAAACAGGACGUUAUUGUACGGUACACAUAUACAAUAUAUCUAUAACUACUGUAUGUGCAAGCAACACACACACUGGUCAAAUCUAGCAAACGCAAGUAUCAGUGUUGUGUCCGUGUGUGCAUGUGUUGGCGCGAGUGUGUGUAUUUAUCAGACUGAGUGACAUGCUUGCUGUUCGAGUUCUGUCCAUUUGGCAACGACUGGUCAGCGAUGGGAUGAGAAGGGAAUGACUAUCACCAAAUGAUACUUUUCUCUAGUUUGCCAUUUCUAGUCAAAAAAUAAUGGCCCGUCAUCUCCUCUUGAAUGAAGAUAAAAAGCGCUUAGGAACGUGUCAGAAUCAGCCAAUGACAUCAUUGGCGCCACUGCCCACACUCUCAACCCUGCUUCUCCAACACUCUUAAGUACUUUAAGCACAUGACAGACUUUCGUUUUUAUAAAGCACUGACAAUUCAUCAGCUUAUACAAUUCAGAACACCAGCACUUCCCUUCUAUGCAGACAGAUACAGUCUGACUGUCCUUUCUGGUGGAAUUAGACCGGCAGCGCUUAAUGCCUUGCAGGAUUAUAGCCUCUACCGCGGUGCAGUGGCAAAAGAAAGUCCUCCACAGAGUUGCCAGCGCCACCGCUGCUGUUGUUGUCACUCAUGUUGUUCACUCCGGGCCUCAACAUCAACUUCCUGCCUGUCAAGCGUUCCGCAGGCCCUGCUACCAUGACAACCAGGUGAAGAUAGAUCUCAUAAGUGCACUUCACUUGUGCACUGGGAGUGACAGAGAGUGAACUGCUUCCUCCUUCCCCCCAAGGCUCAGUAGAAGUGGGCCCGCGGACACGGAGACUCUAGUUUCGGCCCAGUGGGUCGCCACAGUGCAGUGCAGCACUUGCAGAGACUGAAAUGCACGCCCUGAAUAGCACUUGUAUAAAGAAAUGCCUUCCAAGGGGUACUGAGUGUCCUGUCCUAUUGCUAAAUAAGUGCCACAUGAGCUAUGCAAUGUAUAGUAACCUAUACCCAUACUCAAUACGCUCUAUUAGACUUAAUUUUCUUUCCCCCUUUUCUCGUUCACUCUCUUUCCUCGUUUCUCACUUCAGUCCUCAAUUCUUUAUCAAUACUUGAAAUGUAAUCUUUCGCUUCCUUUCCAAAGCGAAUGAUUGUUGUGACGUUUGCACUGAAAAGUUGCGGGAUUAGCGAAACAAAAACUGCCAUUGAAAUGUUAUUUUUAUAGAAGUAAAUUGAAUUUUGUUUCAGAUGUAUUUUACCUAAUUAAUGGAACCAAAGAGGCCAAGAUUUUAGCUAUUGUACUGAGAUGGCGAGGCCAUUGAAUUACUGUACAAUACUGUUUUUAAACAUUUGCAAACGGCCUACCACUGUAUCAGGGUACGAUAUGAUAUAUGAUCUUCAUUUCUUAUCUCUAUUUUCAUUCUCUGUUUUGUACAAUAAGCAUCACUUCAUUUUUCAUCUUUAAUUCUAUUUUUUUCAGUUUUCUAUUUAAUAAGAAAGUUAUUUUUAGUUUGUGUCUAAGAAUCAUUUAGUCGAAUAAAUGUCAUCUGUACAGUUUAUGUAAAAUAAAAUGUUUUCUUAAAUAUUUUGUAACUAAA